GAAGCUGUGGUGACUCCAAUGAGACUUGCAGCUAGUCAGCCAGCCACCCCACCAUCCCUACCGCUGACUCCUGAGGAGCUGACCACUCCCCCUGCUGUCAGUGUCCCUCUCUACAGAUUGACAGCAUCGAUGCCUACCGUACCCAGAAGCAGAGCACCAAGCCAGCUAUUCAGAGUGUAACCCCAGGGUUGCAGAGGCGUGCGGCUGAGAAGUCCCGCCCCCAGCAAACUGUCAACACCAAGGACAGGAUCAUGGUUCUGAAUGAGGAGGCUGCCAAGCUGCAGACGGUCAUCAAUCAGACUUUGCAGGCCCUGAGCUGCUGCACUGAUGAGGACCACGGCAGGGGUUCCCUAGAGGAGGCCGAGGCUGAGAAACUACUGCUCGUCUCAUGUGAGAAGCGGGCGGCCAUGCUGGCUGAGGUGUCCAGACUGAGGGAGAGGGGGGUCUCAGGGGAGUUAGAGGAUGCUGAGGGGGACUCCAGCAUGUCCCAGCAGCCCUGCAGGGGCACCGUCAGCAUCAACAGUGUCCAGCUACCUCUCAAGGUGGAGUUUGUCUGCUCAGCCCGCACACAAACAGGUCGUCCAACUCACUAUUUCUUUGUCCUGAUUCGCUAUGGACCCUGCAACAUUGUUGCGACCCCGUUGGCCACUGCAGCGGACGCCCAGAAUGGAGAUACCAUCUCCUUCCCCACCUCGAUCACCCUGGAGGACAUUCACUCCAACUUUGAGAUUGAUGUGGAGGUCUACAGCCUGUCCCACACCUCAGGGAACACCUGUGAUGUGGAUCUCCGCAGCUCCUCCAGAUCAAGGAUCACCCCAAGGAAGCUUCUAAGCACCAUAAAGAGAUCCAACCACAGUGUGACAUCUUCUACCAUGCCAGCCCUGAACACCCGGCGCACCAGCCACUUCGCUCUGGUUGGUUCUCACAAGAUCUCCCUGGCCUCCCUGGGCCAGAGCAAGUUCCCCCUGGACAAGAUAAAGUUUGAAGGCAAAAUCAGGAGACUCCUGGGAGAUGAGUUUCAGGAAAAGGUGCCCUUCCUAUCUCCACUAGAGGGAAACAUCUACCUGCGAUUAGACAGCGCGAGCCACUCUAACGUCCAACACCAGGGCAUCCUUACAAUGUUUGAGGUGGUGAAGGGAUUUGGAGCUUGGCAUCGACGCUUCUUUGUCCUGGAGGGAAACCACAUGUCCUAUUGGAACCACCCCAGUGACCAGGGCAGCAAGGCAGCAGAAGGCAGCAUCUCUUUGUUUAGUUCCUCUAGUCAAAGUGUGAAGCCAGUGAAGAGGGACUCCUGUGCUCGCGCUUAUACUUUUGAUCUGGUCAGUGGCAUCCAGACUGCACAACAGGAUGACCAGCGUGCUCUGGCCAAGUGCUGGUUCUCAGCAGAUACGCGGGAGGAUCGAGGGGACUGGAUGGAGAAGCUGAACCAGGUUCUCCUGGACCUGCAUACCUGGACUCACCGAGCCCUGAACCAUGCUGGAGCACAGCCCAACACUCGGGCCAGCAGUGGGAACAUAAGGGAGAGCAGUCUGUAACACACUAUUAUAUAAUGCUAUGCUAUAUCUUUAUAUAGCUCUCUCUCUAUAUCUUUAUAUAUAUCUUUAUGGAUUCUUAUAAUUACCAUUGGGAGGUUAUUUUAUACGUGGUGAUAUUUUUGCCUUAGAUUUGUCACUUUGAAUAGCUCUUUGAAAUAGAGCUCCAUCUUGUGGUCUAUUAGCAUUAUAUACUAUUUAACUGAGCUUGAAGUGGAUAAUUAACUACAUCCAUAUAAUCUAGAAACACUACUGAAUAAGUAUCAAAGCUAGUGCAGAAGAGCCCUAACACUAAACGGAUGAUUAGUCCAAUAGUGUAGUUAUAAUUCUGAUAAGCCAAACACUACAAAGCAUGACAUGGCUACUGGACAACAUUAUUUCAGUACUACAGCAUUGCUGUAAUACCCUCUAAAGUGUGGAAAUAUGUCUCUCAGAAAUAAUAUAGUCUACCUAAAAGAUAUAAAUACCUAAUCUAAAAACUCAUUAAUUUAGUGAUUUAAGUAGAAUUGCAGUGCAAGUUGAGUUAUAGUAUUGUACUUGACAACCUGCUUCGAGGUUGAAAAUACUGACCGUUUAUGAGUUCCUUCAUUCAAAAUCUAGUGCUGUGUUAUGCAUAACACAACAGGGGUCAGACCACAAAGAUGGCAGCUACCCAGGCAAGGCAAAGGAGAGUAUAGAAUGAUGUACGUCCGAAGGAGAUGUUCAGUAUAAUGUUAGUGCCUCAUCUGAUGAUAAAUCCCAGUAGGACCCUAAAGGGACAUGAUGAAUGUAGCUGCUGUCUGUAGACUCUGUAGUUAACCUAUUCCCCUUCCCCUUGAUGUAUUUGCUGUCAAUCUGUCAUUCUCUUUUUGUAUGUGGAUGUAAUCAGCUACCUGUCAACAUUCUUAUAUGCAGUUGAUUUGAUGAAGUAAAUAAUAAAAAUGUCUCUAAUAGUGUA